GGAAUCAAGCGGCUGCGAAGUGUCCGCCAUCUUAGAAUUCUUGARUUCAUCUCAAAAUCCGUGAAAAUCACGGACAAUUUUUAGCCAUCACGGACUUUUUACACCAUUUAUGAUGAAUAGAAGAUACCUGGCGUCUUUCUUGCUUAUUAYUCUAGCAAGUAACAGCAUAAAAGCGGACGAACACAAUCAUAUUUAUACAGAUGCUGAAGAAGUAGUUCUGUGGAUGAACACCGUGGGACCAUAUCAUAACAGACAAGAAACCUACAAUUAUUUUUCAUUACCAUUCUGUCGUGGAGACAAAAAGACUAUCAACCAUUAUCAUGAAACCCUUGGGGAGAACAUACAAGGGGUAGAGCUAGAAUUCAGUGGGCUAGAUAUAUCUUAUAAAGUAAAUGUCCCUCCAACCAAGUACUGUGAAUUGACACUUACACAGGACACAUAUGAAGCAUUGGUUUAUGCUGUAAGGAACCACUACUGGUAUCAAAUGUAUAUAGAUGAUCUUCCACUAUGGGGCAUAAUUGGAGAAAUUGGGGAGAAUGGUGAAGAAUACUACAUUUGGACACACAAGAAAAUUGAAAUUGGUUACAAUGCAAACCAGAUUGUGGAUGUGAACUURACGAGUGAAUCUAAAGUCAAACUCACACCCAAUGCCAAAAUCACAUUCACUUAUGAGGUGAAAUGGAAGGAAUCUCCAAUGGAAUACKCCAAGAGAUAUGAGAAGUAUCUUGACCCAAGUUUCUUCCAGCAUAGGAUCCACUGGUUUUCUAUCUUCAAUUCCUUCAUGAUGGUGAUAUUUCUUGUYGGUCUUGUCAGUAUGAUUCUCAUGAGAACUCUAAGGAAAGAUUAUGCACGUUACAGCAAAGAUGAUGAUCUCGAUGACAUGGAAAGAGAUCUUGGUGAUGAAUAUGGCUGGAAACAGGUUCAUGGUGAUGUAUUCAGACCAGCAUCUCACCGUUUAUUAUUCUCCAGUCUUAUUGGUACUGGUUAUCACUUGGCAUCUGUCACUUUUUUAGUUGUAAUGUUUACUAUUAUGGGUGACCUGUAUACUGGACGUGGCUCCAUUCUCAGUGCUACAAUCUUUGUGUAUGCUGCCUGCGCACCAAUGAAUGGAUUUUUUGGUGGAAGUUUAUACUCACGGCAAGGAGGGAGACAAUGGAUAAAACAGAUGGUACUUGGGGCACUGUURUUCCCAUUUUUAGUGUGUACCACAGCAUUCAUGAUUAACUUUAUUGCCAUCUACUAUCAUGCAUCAAGGGCUAUUCCUUUUGGCACCAUGGUUGCCCUUGUAUGCAUUGUAACGUUUGUCAUUUUACCAUUAAACCUGGUUGGUACUGUAUUGGGAAGAAAUGUAUCAGGACAGCCCAAUGCACCAUGCAGGGUYAACACAGUACCAAGGCCCAUUCCUGAGAAAAAAUGGUUUAUGGAGCCAGCCAUGAUUGUUUGUUUGGGAGGCAUUCUACCUUUUGGGUCCAUAUUUAUUGAAAUGUAUUUCAUUUUCACAUCUUUCUGGGCCUACAAGAUCUACUAUGUGUUUGGGUUCAUGUUCUUAGUUUUUCUUAUUCUUAUUGCUGUUACUAUUUGCGUUACCAUUGUGUGCACGUACUUCUUGCUCAAUGCUGAAGACUACAGAUGGCAAUGGACAGCAUUCCUUUCAGCAGCAUCCACAUCAGGAUAUGUUUACAUGUACUCCUUUUACUAUUUCUUCUUCAAAACAAAAAUGUAUGGACUUUUCCAAACAAUGUUCUAUUUUGGCUACAUGGCCCUGUUCAGCAUUGGACUUGGAAUAAUGUGUGGGACAAUGGGUUACSUUGGUGCAAGUAUGUUCGUCAGGAAAAUCUACUCCACUGUUAAGAUCGACUAAAUGACCAAGUGUCCCUCUAUAGAACAAGCUAAUGUAUUGUUUUUCAAAUUCAUUGACAUCCUGAAGAGAAAGAGAACUUUUCAUCAAAUAUUCACAGCGGGUAAGCUGCCAAGAAUGCAGUCCCGUUGGGAACUUCACAAUAGACUACAAGUGUACAUGGUUAUAAUAGCAAAACUAUACAAAAAGGACAGUGUACAAUCAGAAACUCGUUAAGGGUUUGAAACUUAGAACGCACAAUGCAUUCUCUGGAAUAUUCACGCAGGUUAUGACCAUAUUUGGCACUCUAAGCACGAUACAAAAUGGCCGCCUGUCAAAAUGGCGGAUUUUUAGGGCGACUAUUUCGAUUGCACUAAAUAAACGUAUAUAAUGUUAAAUAAAUAAAUAAAUAAAUAAAUAUUUGAAAAUUUACUAUCUACAGUACUCAUGAUUUUGUGCUCAGUAUGUGUUUGUCGAAAGUUUUGCUUUCAGUGUUUUGAAAGCAAAGUAGAUUAUUUAUUUGACGGAAAGUGAAUUCAUCAAGAAAGUCGGAUAUUCCAGAGAAUGCGUGGGACAAAUGUACAGCAGUUAUGCGUUUCAAACCUCGUUUCUGGUAUAAUAGAAUAGUGAACGCUAAAAUAGAUCGUAAAACUGUCUAAUGUAUGUAAUGAUUAAUAUUUUGUAUAAAUGUAUCAGUUUUGCAAUAUACACAAUAAAAGGCUUUUAAUUCUAUGUUUAAUUGAA